ACACACGGCGCCGUGCGGCCUCGGGCUCAGGCGCCCGGCCAUCAGCACCGAGUGGGAACCGCAGCAUGCGCCCACCCGCUCCUUCCUCAACCUCGCGGGGUCUUUAACCAACAAGCGCAAGGAGUACUCGGAGCGGCGCAUCAUCGGGUACUCCAUGCAAGAGAUGUACGACGUGGUCUCCAACGUGGAUGACUACAAGAACUUCGUGCCCUGGUGCAAGAAAUCGGUGGUGGUCUCCAAGAGGACGGGGCACAUCAAGGCGCAGCUGGAGGUGGGAUUCCCGCCCGUGCUGGAACGCUACACUUCCAUCGUCACCCUCGUCCGCCCGCACCUCGUCAAGGCCGUCUGCACCGACGGGCGGCUCUUCAACCACCUGGAGACGAACUGGCGCUUCAGCCCCGGGAUCCCCGGUUAUCCCCGCACCUCCACCGUGGAUUUCUCGAUCUCCUUCGAGUUCCGCUCCCUGCUGCACUCCCAGCUGGCCACCGUCUUCUUCGACGAGGUGGUCAAGCAGAUGGUGGCGGCCUUCGAGCGCCAGGCAGCCAAGAACUUCGGGCCCGAGACCCGCAUCCCGCGGGAGCUCAUGUUCCACGAGGUCCACCAGACGUGAGGGCAGCGCGGCGGCGGCUGCUGCGGACUGUGCCAGGGCCACCAGCCCCGCUCCCCCCCUCUUAAAUAUUUAUUUGAGUGCAUCUUUGCUGCCGUUGCCUGGAAUUCCCUCCCAGCCCCGAGGGCACGAGGUCGGUGCUCCUGGCGGCGCGGAGGGGGCUGCUGCGAGCCCCCGGCCCCACGGCACCGCAGCAGGAGCCGCGUCCCAGCGCCGGACUCCCUCAUUUUGUAGCUGAUUUUGGUUUUAAGUUUUGUUUUAGUUUUUUUUUUGGGGGGGGGGAGGAUUUUUUUUUUUUUUUUUUUUUUUUUUUUUUUUAAAAACCCUUCGUUCCUCUUAACUCUGCAAGGCCAGAGGGCUCCAGCUCCUGUGCCCGCGAUGGAGGAGCUCCCGGGUCAGCUCUGCCUGCCCUGGAGAGGAGGAAGGUUGGUGCUCGCUGGCAGGGGAGCCCGGCCGGAUCCUGCUGGGGAACACAAGUGGUUGGCGGGGGCCUCGCUGCCUGGGCAACCCCCCCCCCCCUGCCCCGUGCCCUGGCUCUUCAGGAAUAAAAGGGAAGGAGAAGGGGCGGAGUGAGGCAGCGGCUGGGGCAGAGCCGCCAGCCCCUUCGCCCGGAGCCGCCGCGGGGAGCGGAGCUGAGCCCCCCGGCAGCGCCCGCGCCACCGCCAGCCCCGAUGUCGCACAGUUUGCACAAGUCACACGCACAGCGGGGGGAUGGGGGGGGCUAGCUCUGACCGUCCCCUGUCCCCCCUCCCCCCACCCCAACCCGUGAGCCCCUUGCCACCCCAGGGACCAGCAAGGCCCCGGCCUGAGGUGCCCCCUGCUCCCCCCGAGCUUCCCUUACCUUCAGCCUGGAGGACCCCAGCUCCAGCAGACCCUAACAGCCACUGGGGGGGCCGUGAGGGGCCCCCUGAGCCACCCCCCAGCCCUAGGCUCCCCCACUCAGCCCCCCCAGUUCCAUCCCCAUCACGGAGGAGAUCGUGGCCUUGCUUGUCCAAGGAAGGACUUCUACAUAUGCCAAUAAAGAGCAUUUUCCAAGGGUGA